CGCAAGUAUAGUACUAUCAAAGACAGCGAGGCCAGAUGUCACCGUUAAAGCCAAUGUUUUGGUUGUUGUUGUUGCUGGUGCUGCUACUAGGCUGCAUCAACAUUGAGACGCGCUAUGUGCCCGGCAUACCACAUUUUUGCCUCAAACCGAGGCCGGUCUCUAUCGGCAUCUGCACCAUCGAAAUCGAGGGCUUCUACUACGAUCCGGCCACACUUGACUGCGAGAGGUACUCCAUAAGCGCCUGCCACCUGACGCCCGGCCAAAGCUUUGGCAGCCAGCAGGACUGUGUUGCGACCUGUGUGCGGGGUCAGCGUCGCAGUCCCGAUUACUAUAGGAAUGAAUGAGACGAUCUGUGUCUACUUUAUUUAAAAAAUAAAGAAAAAAAUAAAAACAAAAACUGCGUCUGAUUUAAAUCGAGCUGCAGCGUUAA